UUACGAUAUGAGAACACAUUGUUUUUUCUAGUUCAUAAAACAGUUGAAGAAAUCCAAGCUAACCUAUAUUUAUAUCUACAUCUCUUAACUACUCUCAUUUCAUCUGUUCAUCAAAGAAAUGAAUAAUGGUAUAUGUUUCCUUCUAUUUCUAUUGACUGUCAAGGCAUAUUCACGGUCCACGUUAGCAUCAGGAUUCGUCGUCAGACAGUCUAGAAAUAAUGAUUACAUGGUAGUAGCCACCACAGAUACUACAAACAAAAAAUCUAAACCAAAAUUAUCGCGUAUGAUAAGAAGAUUUUGUAAAUUAUAUCCAGAUCACGGAUGGUGUCGACCCAAUGACGAUCCUAACACAACUGCUUCCCCUACUACUACUUAUCACUUGGAAACUAUAAUUAAUGUCAAUAACACGAUGCCUAAUAAAAAUGAAGUUAUCGAAAUCAAUACCAAUUCUACUGAGACAACGACGGCAGUUCCUACGCGUCAUACUCAUUGUCAUUAUCCGUACAACUCUACUGGAUUUUCAACCACUAAAGAAGUUGUGGAUGCAACCACCUCCACUGAAUUUGUAACCACUACUGAGGUUUUGAACAACGUGACUCUCAUUGGGACAACGACGGCAGUUCCUAUGCGUCAUACUCAUUAUCCGGACACAUCUACUGGAUUUUCAACCACUAAUGAAGUUAUGGAUAACAUGACACUUAUUGAGACAACAACGUCAGUUCCUACAAAUUAUACCAACUCUGCAAUCACCUCCACUGAAUUUGUAACCACUACUGAAGUUUUGAACAACGUGACUCUCAUUGGGACAACGACGGCAGUUCCUAUGCGUCAUACUAAUUAUCCGGACACAUCUACUGGAUUUUCAACCACUAAUGAAGUUGUGGAUAACGUGACCCUUAUUGAGACAAUAACGUCAGUUCCUACAAAUUAUACCAACUCUGCAACCACCUCCACUGAAUUUGUAACCACUACUGAAGUUUUGAACAACGUGACUCUCAUUGGGACAACGACGGCAGUUCCUAUGCGUCAUACUAAUUAUCCGGACACAUCUACUGGAUUUUCAACCACUAAUGAAGUUGUGGAUAACGUGACCCUUAUUGAGACAAUAACGUCAGUUCCUACAAAUUAUACCAACUCUGCAACCACCUCCACUGAAUUUGUAACCACUACUGAAGUUUUGAACAACGUGACUCUCAUUGGGACAACGACGGCAGUUCCUAUGCGUCAUACUAAUUAUCCGGACACAUCUACUGGAUUUUCAACCACUAAUGAAGUUGUGGAUAACGUGACCCUUUUUGAGACAAUAACGUCAGUUCCUACAAAUUAUACCAACUCUGCAACCACCUCCACUGAAUUUGUAACCACUACUGAAGUUUUGAACAACGUGACUCUCAUUGGGACAACGACGGCAGUUCCUAUGCGUCAUACUAAUUAUCCGGACACAUCUACUGGAUUUUCAACCACUAAUGAAGUUGUGGAUAACGUGACACUUAUUGAGACAACAACGUCAGUUCUUACCGAUUAUACUAAUUCUGCGAUUACCUCUACUGAAUUUGAAACCACUGCUGAGGUUUUGAACAACGCGACUCUCAUUGGAACAACGGCAGCAGUUCCUACAUGUGAUUUUAAUAUCUGUUAUCUGAUUUCUUUAAUUAUUAAGUAUUUUUGCAAUUGUUCCAAUUUAAAUGAUAUUUUAUUAAUUUAAUUUAUCGUUUUAUUCAUGUAAGCUGAGCUAUAAUAAUAUCUGUAAAUUUUAAAACUAAUAAGUAUUUAAAACUUACGAAGUAAGCCUAUUCGUUUUACAUUAACUGUUAACAACUAUUAUGGCAAUCCAAUCCCUGUACAGACAAUAAAUAAUUAAUGAGAGUACGUAUACGAGAUAUUCAAGCACUAGCUAUGCAGCACACAUUAAUAUUAUAGGUAUAGCAAAACAAUGGAAAUGUAGUAUGAAAACCAAAUAUAAAUACUCGGGAAUACUGUUUUCAUAAUUUUUUAUUGUAAAAUAAAAUUGUUUUACUAAGCAUCUAUAUAAGGAUUUUUUAUGUUAAUAAUAUGUUAAAUGAAAUUAUUCAAAUACUUUUGAAAAGUAAUGAGAGUACUUGACCUUUAUUACCACGGUUUUUUUUACAAUGGACUUUUUAUGCUCGAGUUUUUUUACCCGAUCUUUGUUUUCCUAUAACUCUUUUACCUCGUACUAUUUUUGCCGAGUUUCGCUUGCAAUGCUUAAAAUGUCAAUAGUAACCACAAUACUCGUAUAGUUGUCUAUAACACCAACAAAACUUUAUUAUUUUCCCAAAACAAUAAAUAAUAAUAGGUUUUAAUAAAAUUAUAAUAAAUUACAU